CUGAUUUCCAAGCAAGCAUCCAGCGGGUGGUGAUUUCUGACGUCAUCCAAUGGGCGCCGGAAGUGAUUUCGCGCUGCCUAGGAAACAAGACGCGGCCCUGGCCAAACCUGGGACAGCCGCGCCCACCCUGGCGCCAUGGAGCUUCCCUCAGGGCGCUGUGGGGAUCCUCGCUCUUGUGAGGUCGAGUCGGACCCCGAGCCAGACCCGGACCCUGACGCUCAAGCUGAGGCCUACGUAGCCCGCGUGCUCACCCCGCCCAAACCUGGCCUGAACCCGCGGCGCUCGUCCCUGCAGUCCAUGUUCUCCGCGUCCCUGGGCGUGCCGGAGCGAAAGGCUGCCUCCAAAGUCCCGACCGUGCGCCUGCCGGGCCUCCUGAGCCUUCCCCCGGAGCUGCUGCUGGAAAUCUGUGCUUACUUGGAUGCGCGGGUCGUGCUUCAUGUCCUGCCGUGCGUGUGCCAAGCGCUGCACGACCUCGUGCGUGAUCGUGUCACCUGGAGGCUACGCGCUCAACGCCGCGUACGCGCACCCUAUCCAGUGGUGGAAGAGGAGAACUUUGACUGGCCAGCCGCCUGCAUUGAGCUGGAACAGCACCUGGCCCGCUGGGCAGAGGAUGGACAGCGGACUGAGUACUUCUGCCUGGCUGAUGGUCACUUUGCUUCCAUUGAUGCAGUGCUGUUGCUCCAGGGUGGGACACUGUGUCUGUCAGGCUCCCGGGAUCGAAAUGUCAACCUGUGGGACCUGCGGCAUCUAGGGAAGGAUUCCAGCCGAGUUCUGGUGAAGGCCUUGGGCACCCAGGGCAAUAGCACACACAAGGGCUGGGUCUGGUCGCUAGCAGCACAGGACCACCGUGUGUGCUCCGGCUCUUGGGACAGCACCGUGAAGCUGUGGGACAUGGCAGCUGAUGGGCAGCAGUUUGGAGAGAUCAAGGGCAAAGCGGCAGUGCUGUGCCUCUCCUACCAACCUGAUAUCCUGGUGACUGGUACCUAUGACAAGAAGGUGACCAUCUAUGAUCCCAGAGCUGGCUUGGCCCUGGUGAAGAGCCGGAGGCUGCAUUCAAGUGCUGUGCUAGCGGUGCUGGCCGACGACAGGCACAUCAUCUCAGGCAGUGAGGACCACAGUCUGGUGGUAUUUGAUCGCCGAGCCAAUAGUGUCCUACAGCGGCUGCAGCUGGACUCCUAUCUGCUCUGCAUGUCUUACCAGGAGCCCCAGCUCUGGGCAGGUGACAACCAGGGCCUGCUGCACGUCUUCGCCAACCGAGAUGGUUGUUUCCAGCUUGUUCGGUCCUUUGAUGUGGGUCACCAUUCUCAGAUCACAGGAAUCAAACACUCUCUGGGGACUUUGUAUACAACAUCUACUGACAAGACUAUUCGGGUUCAUGUGCCCACAGAUCCACCUAGGACCAUCUGUACCCGAAGCCACCACAACGUGUUAAAUGGGAUCUGUGCUGAGGGCAAUGUAGUGGUGGCUGCCUCUGGUGGCCUGUCAUUGGAGGUCUGGAGGCUGCUGGCCUGAAGAGCUAGCUGGACAUGACUGUGGAUGGAUGGAUGUUGGUAUAUACUGCCUGCUGAGGCUGCACCGAGGCCUCUGCUUUGGAGGAACUUCCUGCUAUUGGUGCUGCUUCUGCCCUGCUCCACAGACUUGGGGCACAGGAAGCCCUAGGGCUGGGCCCAUAACUGUGCCUGUGGGGGUGACAUUGUAGUUUUACUACCAAGGGGGCUAUUCCCUACCUUCCACUCGUGGGUUUUGCUUUGUUUUGUUUUGUUGAGACAGGGUCCAUGUAAGCAGGCUGGCCUCAUACUCACUAUGUGUUUCAGGCAGGCCUUGAAUGCCUGAUCCUCCUGCCUGAAUCUCCCAAGCGCUGGGAUUACAGGUAUGACAGGCAUGCUGCCAUGCCUGCUGAAUGACCCGUUCUGUUAGGAUUUGGAUAUUUUUCCCCCACAGGAACGAAGAGAAAUAAACCUACUGUACAAUUGUUGGAAA